AUGGGUAACAACCCUUCCAAGGGGCCCGCCGGAGAUGUCCCGUCGACUUCGGGUCACUCGACCCAUGCUGGUUCUGCGGGUGACAGAAAAGUGACGCGCCGACCUUCGCUCAACGCUCCAUCGGGUACAGCAAAAGCCACUGCCGCGGAUCCCUCUGCAUCCAAAGAGACUGCAACUGGCCAUCCAGUUUCGCAAAAUCAGGCAUCGGUUCAACAGCGUCUUCAAUCACGCAAUGCCCCAGACUCAGCGACACGGCAUGCGCCCGAUACUAAGAAAGCAGAUCCUCACUAUAAAGAAAUACCCUCCCCCGAUCCGUCAAACCCCGUCCAGGUACCAACUUCACGAACUAGCGCUAGGCACGAUCACUAUACAUCCGUAGCGCCUUCCGGUCCACCUCACAAUGCCUACUACAGCGCAUCUGCCCAUCUCCAGCGGCCACCACGAUUGCCUCUACCGAUUGGUGAUGCCACGGCGACGCCAGGUUCACCUUAUAUGGGUUCGCCUCCCUCGGAACGAUUGCUCGAUGAACAAGCAGGUCAGGGAGAUCCAAAGCUUGGCGAUGCUGCCGUCGAAGAUGAAGAAGUUUUGGAAGAGCUGGAGCCGUAUACAAGCAGUGGUGUCGGCAGGCCUGUCCCUACGAUUAUAGAAUGGACUGCUCCUGGCGACAAGGUCUAUGUCACCGGUACAUUCGUCAACUGGGAGAAAAAGUUUCGUCUACACAGAAGCAGUGAAAGUAACCCCGGCGUUAUGUCAACGAGGUUAAAUCUCCGCCCUGGAACCCACCACUUAAAAUUCAUCGUAGACGGUGAGAUGCGUGCGGCGGACAGUCUUCCCACUGCAGUAGACUUUACCAACCACCUCGUUAAUUACAUCGAAAUAAGCGCCGAUGACACUAAUCGGUCACGGAGCGGGAGCGAUAAAACAUCUCAAAGCAACGUUCCUCCCGGAGUCCACCCUCCGCAAGUCCUCCCCACCCGAGUUGGGUCUGAGCAGGUUGGAUCUGGAUCAGCCGUUGAAGAUCAACCGGACGAAUGGGAAGAAAUCCCCCAAGGGGACUUCCGUCGUAUAAUCCCGCAGUUCCUUGUUGACUUAGACAGAGAAGAUGAAACACAAGAGAGCCCAGCUUACCAACAAGCUGUCAAUGUGAUUGGCGAUGCACCUACGCCGCCAAGUCUUCCCCUCUUCCUGGGGAAGUCGAUAUUAAACGGCACUACGCCAAUGAAGGACGAUAGCAGCGUGCUCAACUAUCCCAACCAUACUGUUUUGAAUCAUCUGGCGACGAGCAGCAUCAAAAACGGCGUCCUCGCUACCAGUGCAACAACCAGAUACAAACGCAAGUACGUAACGACAAUUUUGUAUAAGCCAACCGGGGAUAUCGCGGGAUAG